ACGAGGCGCACUCACUCCAGCGCGCGCGCUGUGCCCGCUCUCGGAGCUCCUGCGGACCCGGAACGCGCGGACCAAAAACGAGCUGGGAAUCUGGACCCUUCCUGUGGACAAUCCACGCUACAUUUCCACACCACCGGCUCUGCACCUGGAGACAAGCAGAAUGCCUGUGACAAAGACCAGAACCUUCCACCUCUUCCUCAUUCUCCUUCCCCUGGUCUCCAGCCUCCAUACGGAGCAUUCGGACUGCGUGAUCAAGCGGGAACACGAGAAGUGCUUGGAGAGGAUGGCGCAAGACAGCUACGCAGAGGAGCCCGGCCUAGGAUGUCCGUGGAUGUGGGACAACCUCACCUGCUGGCAGCCAGCGGAUGUGGGAAAAGUGGUGACUGUCAGCUGCCCCGAACUCUUUGAGGUCAUGAGCCUUGAAGAUGAAGAGCUGGGAAAGGUGAGCCGCAACUGUACGGAGGACGGGUGGUCCGAUAUCUUCCCGCACUACGCCGACGCCUGCCUCUUUGAUGACAACGGCACCAAAACUGAACUGUACUUUGUGUCGGUGAAAGCUCUGUACACGGUAGGAUACAGUACCUCGCUGGUCUCCCUCACCACAGCCAUGGUCAUCCUCUGCAGGUUCAGGAAGCUCCAUUGUACCAGGAACUUCAUUCAUAUGAAUCUGUUUGUGUCCUUCAUCCUGCGGGCGAUUUCCGUUUUCAUCAAAGACGGGGUGCUGUACGCCGAGGAAGAGAGCAGUCACUGCUUCACACACACUGUGCAGUGCAAGGGAGUCAUGGUGUUCUUCCACUACUGCGUCAUGUCCAACUACUUCUGGCUCUUCAUCGAGGGCCUGUACCUCUUCACCCUGCUGGUGGAGACUUUCUUCCCCGAAAGGAGAUACUUCUACUGGUACACCCUCAUCGGAUGGGGGAUGCCCACGGCCUGCGUGACCGUCUGGGCCGUGCUCCGCCUCCACUUCGACGACAUCGGAUGUUGGGACAUGAAUGACAGUGCUGCCAUCUGGUGGGUGAUCAAGGGACCUGUGGUGGCGUCUAUUAUGAUAAACAUGGUCCUCUUCAUUGGCAUCAUAAUCAUCCUGGUUCAGAAGCUGCAGUCCCCCGACGUUGGAGGAAACGAGUCCAGCAUGUACCUGAGGUUGGCGAGGUCCACUCUCCUGCUAAUCCCCCUUUUCGGCAUCCAUUACACCGUGUUCGCCUUCUCGCCCGAGAACGUGAGCAAACGGGAGCGGCUCGUCUUCGAACUGGGGCUUGGCUCCUUCCAGGGUUUUGUGGUGGCCGUGUUGUACUGCUUCCUCAACGGAGAGGUGCAGUCGGAGAUCAAGAGGAAGUGGCGCAGCUGGACCGUCAACCGAUACUUUGCUGUGGACCUGAAGCACAGACACCCGUCGCUGGCCAGCAGUGGGGUCAACGGCGGGACGCAGCUCUCCAUACUGAGCAAGAGCAGCUCGCAGAUCCGUAUGUCCAGUCUGCAGGCCGAGUCGCCGGCCACCUGAGCCCCCGAGAGGGUUCCGGAGCCGCAGCCGCCCGCAGCUCAUCCCCCGCACCUUUGACAGCAGCAGAACUCCCUUGGAGGCAGCAGAUGCAAAAGAGCGCCUUCUAGUGGCCAGCAUGUGAAUAAAACAUUCGGUUCAAAGAAAAACCACAG